AUGAAUUUUUUAUACCAAGCUGCAAUUUUUAUGGCUCAUCGGGGAGCAAAUUGUUAUGACUUGAAACAUGAUGACACGUCAGCACUAAACAAUACCACUUUGGAUUUGCAAGUAAGCAAACAUUACUCUAAUACAAUGAAGAAAAUAGCAAAGAAAAAUGUUCUGAGAUUGCAUUCCAACAUCAAACGAACCGUUUGCAAAAAGUGUGGAAUGGUUUUUAUUCCAGGAAAAACAUGUACAGUAAGAGAGGUGGAAAAUGAAAAUAACAAACAAUUAUAUACAGAGUACAAGUGCAACUCGUGUCAAUUUUCAAAAAGAUACCUAAUUCCCAAACUCAGUAAUCGAUAA